CCAUCCCCGCCGGAGAGAAGAAGGGGAAGAACUUGACAGCUCCGCUCCCCUCCUUUAAUUUUUGAGAUUUUUUCCUGGUGUGUUCUUAUUUUUUUUAUUAUUAUUAUUUUUUUCCCGACGGGUGAAUUUUUUGUGAGACCUCGUUCGGGGCUCUGACUUCUCGGUGGCGAGGCUCCUUCCCCCGGCGGAGGUGAUGAUGGUGCAUUGUGCGGGCUGCGAGAGGCCGAUCCUGGACCGCUUUCUGCUCAACGUCUUGGACAGGGCAUGGCACAUCAAAUGCGUCCAGUGCUGCGAGUGCAAGUGCAACCUGACCGAGAAAUGCUUCUCCAGGGAAGGCAAACUCUACUGCAAAAAUGACUUUUUCAGGAGGUUUGGUACCAAAUGCGCCGGCUGCUCCCAGGGCAUCUCCCCCAGCGACCUGGUCCGGAAAGCGCGGAACAAAGUGUUCCACCUGAACUGUUUCACCUGCAUGGUUUGCAACAAGCAGCUCUCCACGGGCGAGGAACUCUAUAUCAUAGACGAGAACAAAUUUGUUUGCAAAGAGGAUUAUUUGAACUCCCCCACCCUGAAGGAAGGCAGCCUCAACUCAGUGUCCUCAUGUACAGACAGGAGUUUGUCCCCGGAUCUCCAGGACCCCAUGCAGGACGACCCCAAGGAGACGGACAACUCCACCUCGUCGGACAAGGAGACCACCAACAACGAGAACGAGGAGCAGAACUCGGGCACCAAGCGCCGGGGGCCCCGCACCACCAUUAAGGCCAAGCAGCUGGAGACCCUCAAAGCCGCCUUCGCCGCCACCCCCAAGCCCACCCGGCACAUCCGCGAGCAGCUGGCGCAGGAGACCGGCCUCAACAUGAGAGUCAUCCAGGUCUGGUUCCAGAACCGCCGGUCCAAGGAGCGCCGGAUGAAGCAGCUGAGCGCGCUGGGCGCCCGCCGGCACGCCUUCUUCCGCAGCCCCCGCAGGAUGCGGCCCCUGGGCGGCCGCCUCGACGAGUCCGAGAUGCUCGGCUCGACGCCCUACACGUACUAUGGAG